AUGCGCGUGGCCGAGGAAUUCACCCCCGAGGUGCUCCUCAGCGCCCCCCGCCGCGGCGCCGCUGUCCCGAGCCCGGACGGCACCCUCAUCCUCUACACCCAGUCGACCCAUAGCUUCGAGUACAAGAAGACGCUCAACGAGGUCCGCGUCAUGCACGUUGAGACCGGCGCCUCCGACCAGCUCACCGACGAUGGAAACGUCCACGAUGCGCUGUGGAUGCCCGGGACCGCGAGCCAUGUUAUCUAUCUAAAGUCGGGCGACAAAGGUACCACUCAGAUCUGGAUCGCCAAUGCCGCCGACCUCGCCGAGGAGCAUUACGUCGCCGCCGAGUACGAUGCGCCACUCAGCGCCCUCAAAGUCAAAGCACUCGCCGAUGGCAGUGUUGCCUUUGUUGUUGCGGGAUUGGUCGGUCCGGAUGGCUCCCUGUUCAACGAUGAGGCCGAGGAGAAGACGUCUACCGGUCGCAUCUUUGACGACUACCAUGUGAGGAUUUGGAACACGCUUUACAAGUCGCACAAGCACGCCCUCUGGUACUCGACCCUCGUCAACGCCCACGGCAAGUGGGGGGUCGCAGGGGAACUGCAGAACGCCAUCAAGGACACCAGCCUCGAGGCCCCCUGGGGCAUGUACGAUGUGGCCGAUCCGGCCGCCAGCUUCGACAUCAGCGAAAAGGGUAUCGCGUUCAUCGCCGAGGACACAGGUCUCUCGCCAGAACAGGUCGGCAUCUCGCACGUCUACUACGUUCCCCUCCGCUCCUUUGCUGCCGCCGCCGACGUCAAGCCGCGGCCCAUCGUCAUGGGAAUCUCCGAGUCAAAGGCUUACUAUACCAACGUGCGCUGCUCACCCGACGGCUCCAAGAUCGCCUUUUUGCAUGCGUCCUAUAGCACCUUCGCCGAUGCCAGGCUGUACAUCGGGUACACCGCCUCUUUUGGCGCGUACGAUGUGCACAAGAUGGUCUUUGGCAAAGGCCCGCGUCUGCCUCCGCGGGGCUUCGAGUUUGCGGGAAGCUCGGACGCCAUCUUUUUAUUAACCGAGGACUGCGGACGGGUCAAGUUGUCGCAUCUUGAGCUGAGGCACGGCGCCGAGGCGUCGCCACUCGUGCAGACUGGCGUUGUCACGGCUGUUUACCCCCUAAAGGAGGGCAGUCAUGACAAGGUUCUCGUGACGAGCAACAGCAUCGUAGACAGCAGCUUGUGGCAGGUCAUAGAUGUCUCGCUGAACACGGCACCAAGGGUGGUCUCGUCGGCCACCAGACACGGCGCCAAGUACGGAUUGUCCCAUAGCAUGAUUUCCGAGUUUUGGUAUGAAGGUGCAGAUGACGCCGUCGUCCACUCCUUCAUCAUCAAGCCAUCCAACUUUGACAAGACGAAGAAGUACCCCUGGAUUCUCUUGCCUCACGGCGGGCCAGAAGCCUCUUGGUUGGACUCGUGGUCAACCAGGUGGAACAUGGCCCUUUGGGCCCAAAAGGGCUACGUCCUCAUCGCCCCCAACAUCGCCGGCAGCACCGGAUACGGCUCCGACUUCACGGCCCGCAUCUACCGGUCCUGGGGCGGCGCGCCGUACCAAGACCUCGUCGCACUGAUGGACCACCUCCAGCAGGUUCCCUACCUCGACCACGCCCGGGCCAUCGUCGCCGGCGCCUCGUACGGCGGUUACAUGAUCUCGUGGAUGAUGGGUCACGACCUAAUUCGCCGCUUCUCCUGCGCCAUCUGGCACGACGGCAUCUUCAACCUCCCCGCCUUCAUGAUCCAGAGCGACCUCGUUGAUGGUGGACCCGACUUUGGCGGCCCGCCAUUUAUCUGGAGAAACGCCGAGGAGCUCGAGCGGUGGAACCCGGCGCGGCCGGAGCUCCUCCGGAAUUGGAGGCACGCGCCGCCGACGCUCGUGAUCCACAGCGAGAAGGACUACAGGUGUCCCAUAACGGAGGGCAUCGCCGCGUUCAACACGCUGCAGUGCCAGGGGGUCAAGAGCCGUUUUCUGACUUUUAGUGACGAAUGUCACUGGGUGCUGAACCCGGAGAACUCGAUCCUCUGGCAUCAGACUGUCUUUGACUGGAUGGCAAGGUACGCUGGAGAGACAACCGUUGUGAGGCGAGACUGA